GGAAUGUGAUCUGUUCGGCGAAUUUCCAGUGAAAAUUUUCAGUCUACAGAACUUAGAAGUUCUUAGUGUGAGAUACAACCAAGAUCUCACUGGAUAUUUGCCCAAAUUUAAUCGAAGUAGUCCUCUCGUCUUACUGAAAGUUGGGUUUACUAGUUUUUUCGGAACCAUACCUUCUUCGAUUGAAAAGCUUAAUUCAUUGCAAGAGUUGGAUGUCGCUCAAUGCAAUUUUUCAAACUCGUUGGUUCCUUCUGCACUUGGCAAUCUUACACAGCUCACUUACCUAGACAUUUCAAAAAGCAAUUUUGGAGGUCCAAUUCCUGAUUCUUUGGCAAACCUUACCCAAUUGACUGUGUUUAGAGUUAGUACGAGUUCUUUAACUGGUCCAAUUCCAUCUUGGCUAGGUAACUUUAGCAAACUAGUUUACCUAGAUUUUGCUUUUAAUAAUUUGAUGGGUUCAAUUCCUGCCUCAUUUUCCAAUCUCACCAAUCUCGAGAUCCUUUAUCUACAGUCAAAUAACCUAAGCGGUGUAGUGGAGUUUCAAAUGUUUCAUAAGGCACAAAAUCUCUACCAGCUCCAAUUGAGUUGGAACAACUUUGAAUUUGUUACUGGAUCCAAUAUUAUGAACGCAACUCUUCGACAGUUCACCGUUUUGGCUUUGAGUUCGUGCAAUUUAAAAGAGUUCCCAUAUUUCCUACAAAAUCAGACAAAUUUGGAGCGGUUGGAUCUGGCAGGCAACAAAAUCGGUGGCGAAGUACCAAACUGGAUGUGGAACAAUAGCAUGGAAACUCUGGUACUCCUGGACAUUUCUGGAAACUUAUUUUCAGGAGAACUUCCAGCUGUCAUACCCUGGGUUAACCUAAUAUGCUUGAGGCUUUCGGUCAACACUUUUCAUGGACGAUUACCGAUCCCUCCACCAUCCCUGGUGGAAUAUGGAGCUGACAACAACAAUUUUACUGGAAAAAUUUCACCAUUGCUUUGCAAUAUGAGUUCUCUUCGGUUCCUUGACUUGUCGAAAAAUAACUUGAGUGGCAUGCUUCCUCAGUGUCUCGGAAACUUUAGUGAUGGUCUAAUGCUUUUACUUCUUGGAAGCAACUCUUUUCAUGGCAUGAUGCCUCAAUCAUACAACAACAGAAGCGAUUUGAGGAUGAUUGAUGUUAGUCAUAACCAAUUGCAGGGUCAACUACCGAGGUCAUUGGCGAAUUGUGUGAGGCUUGAGUAUCUGGUUCUGUCAGACAAUCAAUUCAGUGAUGUUUUCCCCAUUUGGUUGGGGACUCUCCCAGAGUUAAAACUUUUGGCAAUGCGCCAUAAUCGCUUCAAUAGUGUAAUAGGACAGUCUAGAACAAAUGUUGACUUCCCCAAGUUACGCAUUCUUGAUUUGUCUUACAACAGUUUCAAAGGUGAGAUUCCACCUUUGUUUCCAGAUAUUAUUGUAAAUAAGUCAACAUACAUGUAUACACAAGUAGCCUAUGACUUCAAUGGUUUUUAUGUUGGGCGGAGUGUUGAUUACUCAAUCACAUUAGCAAUUAAAGGUUUGGAUUUGUUCUAUUCAAGGGUUCGAGAAGGGUUUGCAGCCAUUGAUAUCUCAAACAACAAAUUUGAAGGUAAGAUUCCAGAAUUCACUGGGAACCUUAAAGAGCUUCGCUCACUCAAUAUUUCCAGCAACAUUCUCACUGGUUCUAUUCCAUCAUCCUUGGGGAACUUAAGGAAUCUUGAAUCGUUGGACCUUUCAUACAACAAGCUCUCAGGACAGAUCCCCCAACAAUUGACGAGGCUUACAUUCCUUGGGAACUUUGAUGUGUCUCACAACAAUCUCACAGGUCCUAUACCGCAAGGUACCCAACUUACUUCAUUGAAUAGCACUUCAUAUGAGGGAAACCCAGGAUUGUGUGGAGAUCCAUUACCAAAAUGCGGAAAUCAAGAGGCCCCUCAACCGCCACCUUCAACUAAAGAAGACAGUGAUUCAGGCUCAGCUCAAACGCUUGAAUUUGAUUUGAAAUUUUGUUUGGCUGGAAUUGGAAGUGGGUUUGUAGUGGGAGUGGUUCUCGCGGAUGUCGCCAUCACAAGAAGGCAGGAGUUGUUUCUUAAGAUCGUUGGAAUGUGGGUUGGUACAUGUGCAAGAGGUGCAGAGAUUGGUACCAAGGAAGAGAAGGCAACAAGUCUUAAAGUCAAGGAGCCAACUCCACAUAAUGCAGCUGCAGGUUUGCUCAAGAGAUGUUGGGCAAGGAAAGUUAGUCAAGGUUAUGUGACUAACAAGUUAUCAUCAAAGGUGCUUGAUUUCAAAGGUGCAGAAAGUGAAGUCAAGACAAGGGAUGAGGAGGAGGAUGUUGUUGAAGGGAAACUUCUUGCCAAGGUGGUCAUGGAAGGGACUCCAUUUGAGGUGGAGCUUGACACAAGGGCUGAAGAAGGAGGGCAACAACAGCAAACUCACAAAGGGGUUCUACUUGAGGUAGAGCCAUCAUCAAGUGCAAGGUCCGAGCCCAAGGAAUCCAUCAAACCGUCCCUAGGUUUUGGAUGGAUGGACCAAGAAGUUCCAGCCACGUUUCGGAGUGCUAGAGGGAGCAUGAAGCGGGAAAGUUGGAGAGGUGCAUUGAUGAAAAGAAAGGUGUUCUUAAAUCCAAGAGCAAGGAGUGCUAAGUGGGGAUUUAGUGAACAAAGGUUUGGUCUGUGGUUUGCAUAUCAAGGGAAGUCCAAGAUUCAAGUUUCCAAGGAGGCAAGGAGAAACGAAUUUGGCAAGGGGGAUCUCUUUUCUGCAAAAGAGGUCAAGGUUAUUCAAGUCUAG